CGAUACGCGCGGACCUCAUCGUCAGUCGCCGCCCGACACUGGCCGCCGAGCGUCGCGCCCUACGCGCCUUUGCCACCCGCGCUCUUUCUCAUACCGGGUUUUAGUUUCGUACCACGAUGACAUAGCCCCAGUGCCGUGACACGAGACUACGUGAAAGCGCACACAAUUUUAAGUUUUUUCGUUGGAACGAGGAAACCGUAAAGGUCCCCGUUGUUACAGAACUAGCGACGACCCACCCUACUCCGUUGAGGGACAGAGGCGAGACCGAGAGGCGGCUACCUCCUUUUUAUCCGCCUUUUUCAUAAAGACUAGCGAAAAUGGGCGAGCAUGGCCGUACCGACUCGUACCGCGUCGCAACCAUCGGCCCCAUUAAGGACGAUAAUAGAACCGCUGACGGACAGUACAAGACACGCCGGAAACCCCCCGCGAAAAAACGGAAAACAGGAGAUUUAGAUGACCUGAAACAAGAGUUGGACAUUGACUACCACAAAGUAUCACCUGAGGAACUAUACCAAAGAUUUCAAACACAUCCCGAAAAUGGCCUUAGUCACGCAAAAGCGAAAGAGAACCUCGAAAGGGACGGUCCAAAUGCGCUCACACCUCCAAAGCAGACACCCGAAUGGGUGAAGUUUUGUAAAAAUCUGUUCGGCGGUUUCGCGUUAUUACUGUGGAUUGGUGCUAUUCUAUGCUUUAUUGCCUACGGAAUUCAGGCUAGUACCGUAGAAGAACCAGCGGACGACAACUUGUACCUCGGCAUUGUAUUGGCAGCUGUAGUAAUUGUGACGGGUAUCUUCUCAUACUAUCAAGAAAGCAAGUCAUCGAAGAUCAUGGAAUCUUUCAAAAACAUGGUGCCACAGUUCGCUACCGUCAUACGUGAAGGCGAGAAGUUGACGCUGCGCGCUGAAGACCUUGUACUCGGUGAUAUCGUUGAGGUGAAAUUCGGCGAUCGUAUCCCUGCUGACAUCCGCAUCAUCGAAGCGCGCGGUUUCAAAGUAGACAAUUCAAGUUUGACUGGCGAGUCGGAGCCUCAGUCCCGCGGAGCAGAGUUCACCAACGAAAACCCAUUGGAAACUAAGAAUUUAGCAUUUUUCUCUACCAACGCUGUUGAAGGUACCGCUAAGGGCAUCGUAAUCUGCUGUGGAGACAAUACUGUAAUGGGUCGUAUUGCCGGCUUAGCUUCUGGCCUGGAUACUGGAGAAACGCCGAUUGCCAAAGAAAUUCACCAUUUUAUCCAUUUGAUCACCGGUGUAGCUGUGUUCCUUGGUGUUACGUUCUUCGUCAUUGCCUUUAUCCUCGGGUACCAUUGGCUUGACGCUGUCAUUUUCCUUAUUGGUAUCAUUGUAGCCAAUGUACCAGAAGGUCUACUCGCCACUGUCACUGUAUGUCUAACCCUGACUGCCAAACGAAUGGCUUCCAAGAACUGCUUGGUAAAGAAUCUGGAAGCUGUCGAGACCCUCGGCUCCACGUCCACGAUCUGUUCCGACAAGACCGGCACUCUCACACAGAACAGAAUGACUGUAGCUCAUAUGUGGUUCGACAACCAGAUCAUAGAGGCUGACACUACUGAGGAUCAAUCUGGAGUACAGUACGACCGCACUAGUCCUGGUUUCAAGGCGCUCGCCAAAAUCGCGACUCUCUGCAACCGUGCCGAGUUCAAGGGUGGUCAGGACGGCGUUCCUAUCUUGAAGAAGGAAGUAGCUGGUGACGCUUCGGAAGCUGCGCUGCUCAAAUGCAUGGAACUGGCUCUCGGUGACGUGAUGUCCAUCAGGAAACGUAACAAGAAAGUGUGCGAGAUUCCCUUCAACUCAACGAACAAGUACCAGGUCUCAAUUCACGAAAGUGAUGACGCAAGCGAUCCUCGCCACCAGCUCGUGAUGAAGGGUGCCCCCGAAAGGAUCCUAGAACGUUGCAGCACUAUUUUCAUUGGUGGCAAGGAAAAGGUUUUGGAUGAAGAAAUGAAGGAGGCAUUCAACAACGCGUACCUCGAACUGGGUGGUCUCGGCGAACGUGUGCUCGGUUUCUGCGACCUCCAACUACCCUCUGACAAGUAUCCCAUCGGAUACAAAUUCAAUACGGAUGACCCCAACUUCCCCCUGGACAACCUGCGAUUUGUGGGCCUUAUGAGUAUGAUUGACCCUCCCCGUGCCGCUGUGCCUGACGCCGUCGCUAAAUGCCGAUCAGCUGGUAUCAAGGUUAUCAUGGUGACUGGUGAUCAUCCUAUCACAGCCAAGGCCAUUGCGAAGUCCGUCGGUAUUAUCUCGGAAGGCAAUGAGACUGUUGAAGAUAUCGCUGCUCGCCUCAACAUCCCCGUAUCCGAAGUGAACCCACGCGAAGCUAAAGCCGCCGUCGUCCACGGAACUGAACUUCGGGAAUUGAACUCUGACCAGCUUGAUGAAAUUCUCAAGUAUCACACUGAAAUCGUAUUCGCCCGCACGUCACCGCAACAGAAACUGAUCAUCGUUGAAGGCUGCCAGCGUCUCGGUGCCAUUGUGGCUGUAACAGGCGACGGUGUGAACGACUCCCCUGCCUUGAAAAAAGCUGACAUCGGUGUAGCUAUGGGUAUCGCUGGAUCCGACGUAUCCAAACAGGCUGCUGACAUGAUUCUCCUCGACGACAACUUCGCGUCUAUCGUCACUGGCGUUGAGGAAGGCCGACUGAUCUUCGACAAUCUGAAGAAAUCCAUUGCGUACACGCUCACUUCCAACAUCCCUGAGAUCUCGCCCUUCCUUGCCUUUAUCCUAUGCGACAUUCCACUACCACUUGGCACUGUCACGAUCCUUUGCAUCGAUCUUGGAACUGACAUGGUGCCAGCGAUUGCGCUGGCGUACGAGGCAGCAGAGGCGGACAUUAUGAAACGCCCGCCCAGGAACCCAUUUUGCGACAAACUUGUCAACGAGAGGCUUAUCUCGAUGGCCUAUGGGCAAAUCGGUAUGAUCCAAGCCGCCGCCGGAUUCUUCGUGUACUUCGUGAUAAUGGCUGAGAACGGAUUCCUCCCACUUAAACUCUUCGGCAUCAGGAAGCAAUGGGACUCGAAGGCUAUCAACGACUUGACUGACUCCUAUGGACAGGAAUGGACAUACCGGGAUCGCAAAGCCCUCGAGUUCACUUGCCACACAGCCUUCUUCGUGUCGAUCGUCGUUGUACAAUGGGCCGAUUUGAUUAUUUGCAAGACCCGUCGCAAUUCGAUCGUCCACCAGGGCAUGCGCAACUGGGCACUCAACUUCGGCCUCAUCUUUGAAACCGCUCUGGCCGCCUUCCUGUCGUAUACGCCUGGCAUGGACAAAGGUCUCAGGAUGUAUCCUCUCAAGUUCGUGUGGUGGUUGCCCGCUAUUCCGUUCAUGCUCUCGAUCUUCAUCUACGACGAGAUCCGGCGCUUCUACCUGCGCCGCAACCCGGGCGGAUGGCUCGAACAAGAGACUUACUAUUAAACACCACCGACCACUGUCCACACCGUCGUGCAUCACUUAGUUACUGCGUACAUAACUACUUCAUUUGUGUUCUAUGCCCACAGAGUACAUAGCCCUUAGAGGUGGGACGCGCGGGCGGCUGCGGCGGCUAUACUGUACAAUACAUGCAUGACUAGGUGAUGUGUGGACGACUGUGUCAGUCUAAAAACAUUCUAAAGACGUGCGCUCACGCUUCGUAACGUACCGCCCCGCAGACUCGCCAAUAUAAAUACAGAUUUACAUUCAGUUAUACACAUCAACGGUGCACUGACUUCCAAAUACACAACGGGAAUAUUUAAGUCAGCUCUGACGCACAGCGCUAUACUGAAUUUGCACGAACAGUACCGAGUCAGCGCUGACUUUUCUCCCGUUUAAAGUUAGUCACUGGGCUAAUGUAAAUCUGUGUUUAACCGGUAUAAUAGUAUGCAGUAAGCGCCUACUGUACUAGGGGGUAUGUGAUCUGUGCUCGUACUCGUACCAGACUGACAGAGGUUGCGGUGCCGUUCCGGUAUAUGUGUAAUCGCUGUCGUGUACGCUUCUCACUGCUUGUUACCGCAUCGCUCCGCACGGGGCACCUGUGUAUGUACCUGUCGAGUGUUAUGUAUUAUUAUGAUGUUCGUUUCAUCGCGUAACGUGACCGAGGGAUGCGGCUGCGCCGGGCCCCGCCCGCGCAUUCACUAUUCAUUAUUGUUUUUAUGUACUAUGUAUGUAUAUAUGCACAGUGGAGAAUGAUGGAUAUAUGUGAUGAUAAAAAAAGAUAUUAUACACACAUUAUUUUUAAAUCAUGAAUCAUGUUAUUUUUGUAUUGAAAUUGUUUAAAAUGUAAUUUGAGUAUCUCGAAUGCCACGUGACAAGUUGAUGAAUCUCUUUGAGUAUAUGUUGAACCUCUGACUACGUUUGGCGAAUGUCGCCGCGGGGCGCGGCGGAUCGCGGGCGCGGCGCCAGCAGCGGCCGCCGGCUCGGACUUCAUGUUACACUAGAAUACGCCCCGGUGACACUGAUGACAUUAUAAGAUAGAAUAAAUAAUACUAAUAAAAAUUGUUUUUCACAUACUUAUGUAAUAAGUAAUAAAUUAUCGUUUAGCGGUAGUUCAUCGUUCGUGAAUCGAGUGGGCAAAAGUAUGACGCCCGCCGCGCUCCGUGCUCGGCGGCCAACGAAAAGCAUUUGUUGUAAAAUUAACAGUUAAGAAACCAUUAUUAUUAUUAUUGUAUUUUAAGUAAAUUAGAUUAAGUUGAAUUUUUCGAGUGAAUAUAAUGUUUAGUUGAAGAUUCGAUCGGGUGCAUGGUGUAUGAGAGGUCGAUGUGGAGUGCCUGAGUUUUAGUGUACUACUGCUUACUGUUAGGUAGGUAGUUGAAAUUUUGAAGCCGUAUUUUCAAUUGUAAACGUAGAUAAAUAAAGCAUACACAGUCGCGAACGCUUACAGGUGCGGCCCGGCGUAGUGUUCGCCGCGGCCCGUACACGUUCAUACAGCACUGCCGUCGACUAUUGUUCGUUUGUAUCUGGUCACUGUGGUCAGUCGCCGGCCGGCUGGUAGCGCCGGCAGCGCUGGAAGCGGCGCUGUGGGCAGCGCUGGCGGCGCUGCGAGCGGCCGGCGCGCAGCGGUAUCGCGAGCCGAGUCGCGCGACACCGCGCUCGGACACGACGCUUUUCUUUUAUAAAAUAAUCAGAUUAUUAGCGAAUUUCGUCAAAUUUAUUAAAAUAGGCUGCUCAUGGUAAUUACGUAAGAUUUUAUUUCUUAAUUAAAAGAUAAUAACAAAAUGUAGGAAAGCGUAAUUAGAAAUUUUUAAAAUUAUACAGUUAUGAUAGAGUCAUCUUGUUUUAAUCGCCACUUGGCUCUUCUACGAGAGCGGUCGUAGUUAGGUAUAGAAUGUGAAGUAUCGUGUAGCGGCGCGGCGGGGAGCGAGCACGGCCGGACGGGACCAGCCGGGACCGGACGGCGGACGAGGCGGGGCGGCGGACAGCCGGACGCGCGCCGAGGCAGGCUGUCGCGCGACUGCGGCGCCACCGGCCAGAUAGAAGGACCAAGUGGGGAGAUUCAUUUCAAUUUUUCGUAACGAAUACAUAUAACAUUAUAAUAAUGGUUACAAAAGUAAAAUAUAACAUUAUAGCGACUAAUAAAUCUAAAUUAUAUGAAAUGUUUAUAGAUUUAAAUGAAGUUCGUUUCUUUAGGGUGACCUUCUGUGCUUGUUUGAUGAGAACGAUGUACAUCUCACUGACAAUAGUCGUUGAUGAUAUAUUAUUGUAAUGAUCCGAUCUUUGUAAGCGGUUUGUUUAACGUACACUGUAGAACUAACAUUGUUUUGCGUUCGACAGUUCUUUACACCGAUUCAUUUUAUAGUAUUACUCUGUUGGCUAGGAGCGCUGUAAAAAUGUAAGUGUUAAUAAAAAAAACAUUUUCAAAAUAUUA